UCCUCGGCGCCACCACCACGGAGCAGAUUCAAUCUGGGUGCUGGUGCCCAGCCACUCCAGUGCCAAUGAAGUACAUCCUGGUCACUGGUGGGGUCAUCUCAGGCAUUGGUAAAGGCAUCAUCACCAGCAGCAUUGGGAUGAUUCUAAAAUCAUGUGGACUCCGAGUUACUGCCAUCAAAAUCGACCCCUAUAUUAACAUCGAUGCAGGCACUUUUUCACCUUAUGAACAUGGUGAAGUGUUCGUCUUAAACGAUGGUGGAGAAGUUGAUUUAGACCUUGGAAAUUACGAAAGAUUCUUGGAUAUUAAUCUUUAUAAAGACAACAACAUCACCACCGGGAAGAUAUAUCAGCAUGUGAUCAAUAAAGAGAGGCGUGGUGAUUACCUGGGGAAAACAGUACAAGUUGUCCCUCACAUUACUGAUGCUGUGCAGGAGUGGGUUAUGAAUCAAGCCAGAGUGCCUGUGGACGGUAAUAAGGAAGAGCCCCAAAUAUGCGUCAUUGAGCUGGGAGGCACCAUUGGAGACAUCGAAGGAAUGCCGUUUGUGGAAGCGUUCAGACAGUUCCAGUUUAAGGCGAAAAGAGAGAAUUUCUGUAAUAUCCAUGUUAGCCUUGUGCCACAGCCCAGUGCCACCGGAGAACAAAAAACCAAACCCACACAAAACAGUGUUCGUGCCCUGAGGGGGUUAGGCCUGUCCCCGGAUCUGAUCAUCUGCCGAAGUUCAAAGCCCGUCGAGAUGGCCGUGAAGGAGAAGAUUUCUAUGUUUUGUCACGUGGACCCUGAGCAGGUUAUAUGUAUCCAUGAUGUUUCUUCCACAUACCGAGUGCCAGUGCUUUUGGAGGAACAAGGCAUUAUUAAAUAUUUUAAAGAGAGACUGGACCUGCCCAUUGGAGAUUCUACAAGCAAUUUGCUCUCCAGGUGGAGAAAUAUGGCUAACAGGUAUGAAAGGUUACAGAAAACAUGCUCCAUAGCCCUGGUUGGCAAAUACACCAAGCUCAGGGACUGCUACGUCUCUGUGUUCAAAGCCCUGGAACACUCAGCAUUGGCCAUCAACCACAAGUUGAAUCUGAUGUACAUAGACUCCACUGAUCUGGAGCACAUCACUGAAACCGAGGACGCUGUGAAAUUCCAUGAAGCUUGGCAGAAGCUAUGCAAAGCUGAUGGCAUUCUUGUGCCCGGAGGCUUCGGAAUCAGAGGAACGUUGGGAAAACUGCAGGCGAUUUCUUGGGCAAGAACAAAGAAUAUCCCUUUUCUGGGAAUUUGCCUUGGGAUGCAUCUAGCGGUGAUAGAGUUUGCAAGAAACUGCCUUAACUUGAAAGAUGCUAAUUCCACAGAAUUUGAUCCGAACGCCUCUGCUCCUGUGGUGAUUGAUACGGCCGAGCACAGCCCUGGCGGUUUGGGAGGAACAAUGAGGCUGGGAAUGAGAAGAACUGUUUUCAAAACUGAAAAUUCGAUACUAAGGAAGCUUUAUGGUGAUGUUCCUUUUAUAGAAGAAAGACACAGACAUCGGUAUGAGGUGAAUUCUAACUUCAUCAGCCAAUUUGAGCAGAAGAACUUAAAGUUUGUAGGUCACGAUGUGGCUGGGGAGAGGAUGGAAAUCAUCGAACUGGCAAAUCAUCCCUAUUUUGUUGGUGUCCAAUUCCAUCCCGAGUUUUCUUCUAGGCCGAUGAAGCCUUCCCCUCCAUACCUGGGGCUGUUACUUGCGGCAACUGGAAAUCUGAAUGCUUACCUGCUACAGGGAUGCAAACUGUCUGCCAGUGAUAGAUACAGCGAUUCCAGUGAUGACAGCUUUUCAGAGCCAAGAAUAGCUGAGUUGGAAAUGAGCUGAAACAAAUGCAUGGCUCUGAGUAAUGGGACUGCCUGACAGUCUCUGAAGUAAUUGAAGUCAAGAUGAAGGAACUAGCUGAAGAAAUCACCACACUUACAGAAUUGCCCUGUUCUCCACCAAACACGGGAUGUGAAGCCUCAAAGGGAAUCUGAUAAUACAUCCAUGAACCAGAACCAAAGGGGUAGUUUUCUUUUCCCUCCAGAGGUGGCCUUUUAUACUUAGAAAUUUCUGUAGCUGAUUAAACUUUUCCCAGCAACCUC